GUACGGCGCCCCCUACGAUCUCGCCGCGCGGAGGAAGAACGCCACGCGCGAGUCUACAGGCACGCUGAAGGCGUGGCUGAACGACCACAAGAAGAACCCGUACCCGACCAAGGGCGAGAAGAUCAUGCUGGCUAUCAUCACCAAGAUGACGCUGACGCAGGUCUCCACCUGGUUCGCCAACGCCCGGCGGAGGUUGAAGAAAGAGAACAAGAUGACCUGGGAGCCGAAGAACAAGACGGAGUCGGACGAGGAAGCGGACGAAAACGCCGAUUCCAAAGACAAAGGCGACAAGGAUGAGAUGGACGACUGCUCUGUCCAACCGGAGACAGGGAGCAUCUCGCCGCCGGCCAAGACAGAGGUCAAGGCCGAGACCCUCUCACCGGACCCUCGACUGGAAGGCCAAGCCGCGUACCGGGCGGUCGACGGUCAGUACGCUGCGGUGGGGGUACGGUGA